AUGAUCAAUGUGGGACAUACAAACGAAAAUAUUAUUCUCACUCACAAAGGUUUUAUUAAAGAAAUGCGUAAAACUUUAUUUAUUCAAUGGUUACAAUAUGCCGAAGAUCACGAAGAAAAAGUUCAUAUCAUUGGACAUCAUCCACCAACUUCAUGUUUAGCAGCAUUUAAAAAUCAAAAGUUUUCCUUUUUUUCCGAUGACGUCAACUAUGAAAAUACGAUAGCUGGCCAAUUUUUCGGACAUGUACAUGAAGAUGAAUUUACUGUAUUCUACGAUGAAAUCGAUCAAACACGUCCUGUUUCAAUGGCUUAUAUUGGUCCAUCGCUCACUACGUAUUCAAGUCUCAAUCCUGACUAUAGUAUUUUUACAGUUGAUGGUGAUUAUCCAGGUAGUUCCUAUUGGGCACUUGAUCAUCGUACUGUCAUUAUGAAUUUAACGGCAACAAAUAUUUAUAAUCAAACAAUAUUUCAUGAUGAAUACAGUGCUCGCGAUGCUUAUCAAAUGAAAUAUUUAUUUCCAAGCGAUUGGAGCGAUCUACUUGAAAGAUUACAAAAUGAUAUUGAUGGUACAUUAAUGGAUUUAAUUUAUAAACACUAUAGAAAAUCCCAUACCACUAAUUGCAAUCAUGAUUGUAGACGAAACCUCUUGUGUAUAUUAAAAUCUGCUCGAUCAAACGAUCCUCAUGUAUGUGAUUCAAUUCCACCAUUUUCAUAA